AUGAGUCAUAUUCAUUUUUCAAACUUGACAUUCGCUCUUUCAAAGCAACUAUAUCUGGCGGUGGAGUCAGUUGUACCUCCAUGGACAUAUGGAUACACAAACUCAGAGUUCUUGACACCAAGACAACUAUUUACAAGAGAACACAAACAAUUGUUAUCUGAUAGAGAAAAAUGGAUGAAAGGGACAGCAACUUCAUGUACUGUUGUUGGUGCACUCAUUGUUACAAUCAUGUUUGCUGCAACAUUCACUAUUCCUUGUGGGAACGAUGAAAAAACUGGUUACCCAAAGUUUCUUGAUGGGAAAACAUUCAUGCUCUUCAUCAUAUUAGAUGCAAUCUCACUUUUCUCUUCCACUACUUCAGUUUUAAUGUUCUUGGGAAUCCUCACUUCAACAUAUGCUGAAGAUGAUUUCCUCAAAUCUUUGCCUAAGAAGCUCAUGAUUGGUCUUGCCACACUUUUCCUAUCCAUUGCUGCAAUGAUGAUAUCUUUCUGUGCUGUUGUUUCCAUGAUGCUUGAUGAUAAGAAAUCUUGGGCUGCGUUUUUAAUCAUUUCUCUAGCUAGUAUUCCAGUCUCUUUGUUUGUUUUAAUGCAAUUCCCUCUUCUUAUUGAGAUUUACCUUUCUACUUAUGGACCUAAUAUUCUCGAUAGGAAGCCAUCAAGUUGA